UUCUGUAAUAAUGGAAAAUGCUCCGCCACUAGAACCCUCUAGCAAUUCUCAUAUUGACCAAAUCGUUUUACCAGACUCAGAAGAAUUGGAUUGGGACCAAAUAACUUACGCUCUUAAUUAUAAACGUAUAUUAUUCAUAAACGACUACCGGACAUGGUUGGAUUUUCACAGUGCAAAUUCCGAAAAUGCAUAUAAAUAUAUGGACUAUAGCCCGGAAGAACUCUGCCAACGUUUUUUACAGCGUGUAUUAUCAAAUAUCAACGAUUAUUGUUUAACUGAAGAUGAGCAACAUCUGCUGAAUCUAUUAGAUCUGCAUCCAGGAUUUCAAAGAAUCGAAAGUGGUUUCAUUGCAUUAACACAAACGGAAAAUCUUACAUUUCCUUGUAAUGAGUCGGCUAUAGAGUUACUUCUGGCCAAUAGUGGGGCGUUGCAUGAAACGAACUUUGUUGCCGAACAGGUUGUUGCAAAUGAUCAAAUUGUAAUUGAAGAUUUUAAAGGACAACAUAGCGUACAUCGCAGAUUUAAUUUUAAUGCAGAAAAUGCAGCAUUGCUUUCGGUGAUUUUGAGUUCGGACGAAGAUUUGCCAAAUUGUGAAGUUUUAACAACAGAGGAAAUGCAUAAGCGUUUAAAAUUGGCUAAAAACAGAUUUGAACAAACUGGUCAGCAAUUGGAAAAUGUAAACAUUACCAUAGAUGAUUUACUUAAGAAACUUAAAGCAAUUAAUGAUUUAAAAUUAGCCAUUUCCAAACUAGUGGAUAAAAGUAUUCGCAACUGUUAAACUUACUAAUUUAAAGUCCUAAAUAAAAAAUAAACAUUUUGCUAAAUUCUUUUUA